CUUUCCCAUUUCGACUUCCUUCCGCUUUCGCGUCUCUAAUCGGAAAACAGGGCAUAGCCAAGCUGAGCAAAGCAUAGAGAGAGAGAGAGACUCGGGGGGAGAUUUGUUGGCAGCUGCUUUCUCAAUGGCUUUUCUUUUCAACAAAUUCCAAGAUGCUGUCAGAACCCUUGCAAAAAGCCCCACUUUUGCUAGGGACCCAAGGAAACUCCAAUUUGAAGCUGAUAUCAACCGGCUUUUCCUGUAUACCAGUUACAAUCGCUUGGGAAAGAAUGCUGACGAAGCUGAUGCGGAGGAGAUCAUUGACAUGGCUAGUAAAGCCUCUGUUGCUGACCAACAGAAUCAAGUGCAAGAAAACAUUCAUUAUCAAAUUAAAAACCUCUGCACUUCUAUGGAUGGAAUUCUUCUUCCUGAUAUCAAUGAGCCACAGGAAUUGCAAUCGAAUGCUAAUCCUUCCCGAAGUGGUCUUAGUUUUGCCGUUGGAAUGAAUGGCCCAAGUACUAACCGUCCUGCUGUUCCCAAGACAAGGCCAUUAAAGCGCUCUGAACUCUCACAGAGGUUGAAGGAUUCCAUUGGCUACACCCUUGAUGUCAAACCAUCUCAAAUACCCCACAGUGAAGCUGGACAAGGCUUAUUUUUGAAUGGUGAAGCUAAUGUUGGUGCUGUAAUUGCCAUAUACCCUGGUGUUAUAUACUUCCCAGCUUAUUACCGAUACAUUCCUGGAUACCCAAGAGUUGAUGCUCAAAACACAUAUCUGAUCACAAGAUAUGAUGGGACUGUCAUCAAUGCCCAGCCUUGGGGUUAUGGGGGUGAAACACGUGAAUUGUGGGAUGGCUCCACAAUGGAAGAUAUGAGGCCCAACACAGAUGUGACUGAGAAAGGUUCAGAUCGGCUCUGGAAAAUGCUUAGUAAGCCUUUGGAAAGCUCACGAGUGGGGAGUGGUGGGGAGAUUUUGGAGCGUAGAAACCCUUUAGCUUUGGCACAUUUCGCUAAUCACCCUGGUAAAGAAAUGGUGCCAAAUGUGAUGGUUUGCCCUUACGACUUCCCACUGACUGAAAAAGACAUGAGAGCUUACAUUCCAAAUGUAUCAUUUGGAAAUGCAGAAGUAAACAUGAGGAGAUUUGGCAGCUUUUGGUUCAGAUGGGGUUCAAGAAAUAGUGGGACAGAUGUUCCAGUUUUAAAGACUCUUGUUCUGGUGGCUACUACAGCACUUUGUGAUGAAGAAGUGCUUUUGAACUACAGGUUAAGCAACUCAAAGCGAAGACCAUCAUGGUAUACUCCUGUAGACGAAGAGGAAGAUAGAAGGAGAUGGAGCUAAAUUCUGAUAGCUGAGGUAUUGAAGGUCAGACACCUAAAUGGAAGACCAGUCAGUGUAGAUUGGAUGGUGAAAAUUGUUUUGAACCAUGCAGCUAAUUUUCAACACAUGUUCAAUGCAUUCUCUUGGAAAGGAAUUUUCUUCUAUUUUUAUUACAACGCUUUUAAAAACCGAAUGCCUUGACCGAAGUUAAGGUCCCUACAAUGUAAAGCACUAGAAUGUGCUAUACUUUGGUCAUUAUUUUUAGGGAGGAUAAAAGUGUAAUGGAGUUGACGAUUUUUUGAGUCAUGAAAAAAAAUGAGGGAAAAUAAGGAAGACAGGGAAAUGUUCCAUUUUUUUUGGGUAUCAGACGUUCAGACUGAAAAUGAGUUUGUUCAGACAUUGAAGGAGUGCUAUAUUUCUCGUCCCAUGAAGGUUGUUGUUUUACGUUUUCUACAACCUGAUUGGUCAAGCACAAUGCAUUAAUCUUCAGAAAUUGUAGAAGUUAAUUUCGAAGAGGAGAUCAUAUAUUAAACCCUUUAGCCGUCUUGGACGUGAAUCAAACUUGGUCUUACAAUCUCAAUAUUCGAAUUUUAGCAACUCAUCCAAUCUCCGCUGCUAUCUUUAAAUAAAUAUUGAUAACAUGACAUUAAACAAAAGAAA